GAACACCUCCUCGGGUAUCAUAAAGGUAAACCGAGAAAAUGCUCAUGAUCAAAACCCUAGCGAUUCUCUCUCUCCUCUCAGCCCUGACACGCGGCGCCUCUGCCGAGCAAUGCGGUAGCCAAGCCGGCGGCCAGAUGUGCCCCGGAGGGCAGUGCUGCAGCAAGUACGGGUGGUGUGGCACCACGCCUGAGUAUUGCACCGACGGAUGCCAAAGCCAAUGCGGCGGUGGCGGCGGAGGCGACGUUAGUGGCCUCAUCUCGAGAGCUACGUUCAAUCAGUUGCUGAAGCACAGGAACGACGCCGGCUGCCCCGCCAAAGGGUUCUACACGUAUGACGCUUUCGUCGCGGCCGCGAAGUCGUUCCCGGCGUUUGGAACCACCGGCGAUGCCACCACACGUAAGCGGGAGAUCGCGGCUUUCUUAGCACAGACUUCCCAUGAAACGACAGGUGGGUGGGCUAGUGCACCAGAUGGGCCAUAUUCUUGGGGUUAUUGCUAUCUGAAGGAACAAAACCCAAGCGCCUAUUGCUCUCCUAAUCCAACCUACCCUUGUGCUCCUGGCAAGCAAUACUACGGCCGUGGGCCAAUCCAGAUCUCAUGGAACUACAACUAUGGGAGAUGCGGCCAAGCAAUAGGAGUGGACCUCCUCAGGAACCCGGACCUGGUCGCGACCAACCCGGUUGUCUCGUUCAAGACGGCCAUCUGGUUCUGGAUGACCCCGCAGUCGCCCAAGCCGUCCUGCCACGACGUCAUCACGGGGCGGUGGGCCCCGUCCGCGGCGGACAAGUCGGCGGGGCGGGUCGCGGGGUAUGGGGCUGUGACCAACAUCAUCAACGGAGGCCUCGAGUGCGGCAGAGGGAAGGACGCGAGGGUGGAGGACCGGAUCGGGUUCUACAAGAGAUAUUGCGACAUCCUCGGGGUGGGUUACGGCAACAACCUCGACUGCUACAGCCAAAGGCCUUUCGGGUCUGGUCUCCUUGUGGACACCAUGUAAUUCAUAGCAGACUUUGCCUUUGUUGGUGUCCUAUACCAAUCGUUUGGUCUUUAGAUCACAUAUAAUUAGUGGUUGGGGAUGAUACGACUUAUAAAAUACGCAAUAACGUGAGGAGCUAUACCGAUUAAGCAAAGUCAUGCUUGUUGUCUGUGACUCGUUGUGUAUGAUUACAAUCAAUGAAAUAAAAACAGCCAGGGUCUUCCUUUGUCUGGUUA